UGUCCACCGGGAGCGGCUCCUUUGUGUCCGUGUGAAGCCAACACUUGGAGCGCUGUGCCUGCCUCGGGUCAUCGUUUCCUCCUCCUCCUCCUCCUCCUCCUCGCUCUCUUCUCUUCUCUUCUCUGCUCCGGUUCCGGCUCCUGGGUGACAAGGCUGCCGGGUAGCUGGCUGCCUCCAUGGGCUCCUGCCUCCAGUUCUUCCUCUCCUUCUCCUUCUUCUUGCUGGCCUGCCAUGCUGAGCCCCAGACCCGGGAUUCUCCUUCUUCUCCUCCUCCUUUGGAGCCGGAGCCCUGGCCGUGUAACGUCAGCCUGGACAGCCCGCCCGAGCAGCGCUGGGACCCGGUCCUGAAGCGCUUCGACCCGCCUUUCCUCCGCGCCGCCUUCGCACGCAUCCUCCAGGAAAGCAUCCCCAAAUGGGUUCACUCCAUCAUCCGGCCCAUCGCUGAAGAAAUCGAAUCCUAUGUUCCUCAGCCAUUUGCAGGAGAAAUUCGGGGGCUUUGCAAAGCCUUGGACCUGAACGUAGGCGAUGGUCUUUUGCUCAAUCUGGCCUAUGAAGCCUCCGCGUUUUGCACCAGCAUCAUUGCUCAAGACAGCAAUGGAACUAUAUACCAUGGUCGGAAUAUGGAUUAUGUCUUUGUAGACAUUUUACGCAAGAUGACCAUCGAUGUGAAUUUCUUAAAGGAUGGUCAGGUCAAGUUCAGGGGCACAACAUUUUUGGGUUAUGUUGGUUUAUGGACAGGACAACGUCCACACAAGUUUACCGUCUCUGGGGAUGAGAGAGAUGCUGGUGGCUGGUGGGAGAAUGCCAUAGCAGCUUUCUUGAAUCGAAAUAUUCCCGUCAGCUGGCUUGUCAGAACUGUUUUGAGCGAAGCAGAAGACUUUGAAGCUGCUGCUCUUAUGCUGGCUAAGACUCCAAUUAUAGCCGACGUCUACUACAUCAUUGGAGGCACAACACCCAAGGAGGGUGCAGUUAUUACAAGAAGGAGAAGUGGUCCGGUUGAUAUUUGGCCCUUGGACCCUUUGUCUGGCGGCUGGUACCGGGUGGAGACGAAUUAUGACCACUGGACAACCCCUCCUCCUUCUGAUGACCGAAGAACUCCAGCCAUCAAAGCACUGAAUGCCACAGGACAAGAAAAUAUUAAUCUUGAGUCGCUCUAUAAAGUAUUGUCGGUACAGCCGGUCUUGAACAAGAACACAAUUUACACCACGGUAAUGAGUGCUGCGUACCCAGACAAAUAUACAACGCGGAUCAGGACCCUGAAGUGAAGAUGU